UAUGAUCUAACCUUGCGCGCGCCGCGCAGUCGCUGGGUGGAUUCGACAGGCGACCGCGAUACGACACGACACGAAGAAGCGACCGCCGACAAAGGCGAUCCGGAUCCGGCGUCGACAUCGCCAUGGCAGGCGACAGCGACGCAAUGUUUGACAGCGUCGACGAGGACGAGUGGAGGGCUCAGGAGGAGCGAGAUGAUGCGGCGAUCCAGGAAAUACAUGAGGGCCUCGCUAGUGGCGUGACCGAGUUCCUGAGCCAGAUCGAGCGCGUCACCCAGUUCGACCAGUCCGGCAAGGCCGAGGAUGCCGUCGACUACGAGGACAUCGAUCUGAGCGACGAUGAGUUGCCUGACGAAGAGCCCCCUGCAAGCGGUUCUAGCGGCGACGGCCCCGGCCUGACCGAUGACAACGAUACCGACGAUCUCUUCGGCGAGAAUCUCCCCUCGUCCCCUCUGGGGCCUCACGGCGACCUCGCGUCAUCGCCCCAUCCUCUGGACGCCAAUGGCGACGACCGCAUGCAUGUCGAUGCGCAGCCGCGCGAGACUCUUGCCGACCUGAUCGCCCUGAACUUCGAUCACGGACCGAAGCCGAGCGACUCCAACCAAGAUCCCAAUAUUCCUCCUCCGGCCGAGAGUCUCGCCGAGGCCGUGAAGCAGGCUUAUCCAGGGUUCAAAGAACACGUUCCCCUCCACUGGAACGAGCUCCUCCGCCCAAAGCAGGCCUACUGGAUUUCCAAGAAGCCCGCCAAACCUCCGAAGCCCCUAGUGCCUACCAAGCUUAGCUUGGACCUCGACGUCGACCAAGAAAAGCUGUUUCGCAUCUCUGGCCCGGCCACAUCGUCCGUCUACCAGCGCAUCAGCACUGCCGAGCAACGCGGCCUCGUUUCCCUCGAGGAACCCGAGCCUCUGGAGCAGGCAGACCUUGAGGUCUUCCCCCUGGACGACGGCUCCGAUUCCGAGAAAGUUGGAGGCUAUACCCUCCGCGAUAUUGCUCUAGUGUGUGACGACUGGGACUCCAUGAUCCGUCUGGGCGAUGAUGUCGCUUCUGCUCAGGAGGCCGAGACCGCCCCAGCCAACGACGUCGUUGCCGACAGCAUGCUCAUUAAGACUGAGGUUGACGGCGACGAUGACGACUGGGACAGGAUGUUCCUCGACGGGCCAGCUCCAAAGAAACGGCGCCUAGAGCCACCCAAAGGCCUCCCUCCCAUCCCGCGCUUCACGGCGCCCAACUUUGACAACUUCGAGGAGGCCACCGCCAAGCUCGGGAAGCGUGUCAUCCUCGAUAUGAAUGACCCCUACCUACUCAUCGAUGACGUGGAGUCGGAGCGCAGCGCCAAGAGGCGCAAGGUCCAGCACAAAACAGUGCGGCUGGCGAACGGCCGGCUCGGUCGAGACCUGUCGCAGCGCUUCAACUUCUCGUCCGACACCGCCUACGACGCGCUCAAGGAGAACAGUCAGAGCAAGGUCCGGGCCACGCUGGCCGCGAUCCCCGUCGAACACAGCAUGACGGCCCAGAGACUCACGUGGCCUUAUUACAAGGUGAAGCUCUCUGCCAGCGAUCCUCACAGCUACCAUCGACCCCAGUUCCAGCCGCGGAGGGACGCUUUCCACCCGGUCAAGUUCAAGCCGCCGUCUCUGAAACGGAAGAGGCAAGUUAAGGGCAAGAGGAUCCCCGAGAUCUUCCAGACCUCGUCAGAUCUCACGUUGAACGACAACUCCACCGCCAUUCUCUUUGAGUAUUGCGAGGAGAUCCCUAUCGUGCUCUCGAACUUCGGCAUGGGCCAGAAGAUUGUCAACUAUUACCGCCGCUCCAAGGGGACCGACUCGCGACCGGAGAAGCGGGAGCUCGGCGAGCCCUACAUCUUGAUGCCCGAAGACCGCUCGCCGUUUGCCAUGGUCGGCCAAGUCCAUCCCGGCGAGACCGUGCCCACGCUGCACAACCAGAUGUUCCGCGCGCCCAUUUUCAAGCACAAUCCCAGGAAUACCGACUUCAUUCUCGGUCGCAGCACCACGGGCAAAUCCGGCUCAUCGUGGUACCUGCGGAACAUCGACCACCUGUUUGUGGUCGGGCAGACCCUCCCCUCGAUGGAAGUGCCCGGGCCGCACUCUCGCCGUGUUACGAAUAUCGCCAAGAACCGUCUCAAGAUGGUAUCGUAUCGGCUCCUGCACCGGAGCGACAACGUCACCCUAACCGACAUCACCCGCCACGUGGCCGAUUCCAACGAGUCACAAAACCGCCAGAAGCUGAAGGAGUUCCUGGUCUUCCGCAAAGAGCAGCGGAACUGGGUCCUACCCGACAAUGAGGAGCUCAUGCCCGAGUCCGAGAUUCGAUCGCUCGUCCGGCCGGAGGAUGUCUGUCUUUUGGACGCGAUGCAGGUCGGUGCGCACGAGCUGGAGAACGGCGGCUAUGAAGUCAACGAUGCCAUGUUCAAAGACGAUGAGAUGGAGGUUGGUGACGAGCUCCCACCAGACGCCCUCGCGAACAAGAUGGCACCGUGGCGGCUUACCAAGGCCUUCAUCGACGCCAGCCACGGUAAGGCCAUGAUUGCCGUGCACGGCCCCGGAGACCCAACCGGCAAGGGCCUUGGUGUCAGCUACCUGAGGACCUCCAUGAAGGGUGGCUUCCUGGAGCAGCUGCAUGGGCCGCUCGCAACAUCUGCGGAUGCCAUUGAGCGGCAGCGCAAGGCCAAUGGCGGUCACAUGUACAACGUCAAGAACCAGGACAACCUCUACACCGAGUCCCUUCGGGACAUUUGGAACAGGCAAAAGCAGAGUCUUGAGGAUGCACAAGAGCACGAUGACGACGACGUCCUUGCGCAGGAGGACGAGGACGAGCGAUUCAACGUGCAGAGCCAGGCUCCGCAGCCCGCGAACGUGGCCGACGGUGCGAGCCAGGUGAGCCAGAGUCAGGCUAGCGCCCUGAACCGGCGCAAGUUGAAGAUCAUCCGCGAGGUCAAGGGGGAGAAUGGAGAGAUCCAGACGGUCACCGAGAUUGUCCACGAUCCCGUCGUCAUUGCACAGUACAGCAAGAGGCGCCGUCAAAUGGAGUUUGAGAAUAUCGACAUCUACAACGUCAAGCUCACUGGCGAUCCGGAGAAGGACGAGUUGAUCCUCGAAAAGGCUCGCAUCGAGCAAGAGCGAUUGGAGAAGAACAAAGAGCGACGUAAGAAGCGCGAAAAGCAGAAGAAGCUCCAGCAAAGGAUGCGGGAUGGCGGUGCUGUCGACGAUGACGACGAGGGCUCGCCCGAGCCAUCGACGGAGAAGGUGACAGGCACGACCCGGAAGUGCGCCAACUGCGGCCAGGUCGGCCACAUCAAGACCAACAAAAAGUACGUAUGCCCUUGCUCCCAGCAGGAGACAUCUGCUCCCCGCAAGGUUCAAGAGGGCAACAACCUUGGCUCCAGAAGGCCCAAGAAGUCUAGCAAGCGCGACGCGUGGAGGCCGACUUCCGGCCCCCGCGAGGGAGACAAGUUCUGGGAUCCCCGUUGCUGGGAGGCGGACGCCUUCGAAAUUCGGAUGGGCGCUGCGGCGCCGCCUCCCUUGAAUGGUCAGCAAUCCGUUGCAACGGGAGACCUGGAGGACGCGGGCUCUGGCGCGAAGUAGUGGUCACCUUCAAGCCAGGCUCCGUUGUCAAAUGGGCAACCAAAUGCCAAUUUUCAUAUGGUCGGAGGCCGGCCUCCGGCGAGAGUAGUAACCCACCUCUCAGCCGGAGGCCUGCCUGGACCCUUCUUCCAUCUCGACUUGUCGUAUCUUGUCUUUUGUUCUUUUCCAUCCACUCAGUCUCACAGGUUUUCA